UAUAUUAUUAUAGAGGCAGAGUAGUAUAUAAUUUGGCACUUUUCUGGUUUUGUUGGUGCUUUCUUCUCUCUUAUAAGUCGGUCCCUUUAUCUCUGCUUUCUUGCCCUCUCUUUCACACAUAAAUCUUCAAUCUUUCCGAUUCAUCGCUCAUGAUUUCUGGCUUGUUGGCUGAACAUACAUGGGCUAAGCUUUACAUUUCAUGGGAGUUGUAGACGAUAAUGAACCACCCUCGAAGCGUUUGAAAGGUCCCCCGGGUGUUUCGAAGGAGGACACGCUUCAUAAUCAGAUAGCAUCAACCUCUUUGGAAGACUCUAUGGCAAGGCCACUUUCCUUGCAAAGAGACGAUGAAACAAUAGGUCUAAAAGGAAUAAUUAAGAAACAUGAAUUUGUGAAGAUUAUUAAUAGGGCACUGUAUUCUCUUGGUUAUAGUAAGACUGCAACCAUUCUAGAGGAAGAGUCAGGCAUACCUUUGCACUCGUCAGCAGUAACCUUGUUUAUGCAGCAAGUGUUGGAUGGAAAAUGGGAUGAAUGUCUGAACACAUUGCAUAAUAUUGGUCUUACGGAUGAAGCUCUUAUUAAAUCCGCAUCUUUUCUGUUAUUGGAACAGAAAUUUUUAGAACUCUUAAGGAAAGGAAAACACAUGGCAGCUCUGCUUACUUUAAGGACUGAAAUUGUGCCCCUUUCUAUCAACAGUGCCCGUGUUCAUGAGCUAUCAGCCUAUAUUAUAUACCCUUCCCAGUUUUUGGCCCUUGGACUUUCUGAUCAGGACACUGAUAUUGCGCUCUCAAGGGCAAAAUGCUUAGAGAGAUUGCAGAAGCUGCUUCCUGCUGCCAUCAUGAUUCCUGAAAGCAGGCUAGAGCAUUUAGUCGAACAAGCUCUUGAUGUGCAAAGAGAUGCUUGUGUGUUUCACAAUACUCUGAACAGUGAACUGUCAUUGUAUACAGACCAUCAGUGUGGAAGAGAUCAGAUUCCUUCGAAGACAUUACAGACAUUACAAGAACACAAGGAUGAAGUUUGGUUUCUGCAAUUUUCUCAUAAUGGCAAAUAUUUGGCAUCUUCCUCCAAAGAUCAGACUGCUCUUCUAUGGGAGGUCCAAGAAGAUGGUCAACUGAUUCUGAAGCACACUUUAUCUGGCCAUCAAGGGGCUGUUUCUAUAAUUUCUUGGAGACAUGAUGACUCUCAACUCUUAACAUGUGGAACUGAUGAGACUGUAAGACGAUGGGAUGUUGGUUCUGGUAAAUGUCUCCAUGUCUAUGAGAAACCUGGUGCCGGUCUAAUAUCCUGCGGUUGGCUGGCUGAUGGUGAUGGUAUUGCCUCCGGCAUGUCAGACAAGAGCAUCUGCUUGUGGAAUUUAGAAGGAAACAUAGUGGAGUGCUGGAAAGGACACCGCACAGAGAAUAUAUCAGACAUGGCAGUUACAAGUGAUGGAAAGAUAAUCAUAAGUAUUUGUAGAGGCAGCACAUUGCUCUUGUUUAACAGAGAAUCAAGAUGUGAGAGAAUAAUAGAAGAGGAGGAUAGAAUUACUUCAUUCUCGCUAUCGAAGGACAAUAAGUUUUUGCUCGUCAAUAUUGUAAAUCAAGAAAUCCAUCUCUGGCGCAUUACUGGAGAUCCUAAGAUUGUAUCCAAGUUUAAAGGUCAUAAGCGUACCCGAUUUCUUGUAAGAUCUUGUUUCGGAGGGUUUGAGCAAGCAUUUAUUGCGAGUGGGAGUGAAGAUUCCCAAGUAUAUAUCUGGCACAGAGGCACAGGAGAACUCCUCGCAAAGCUUCCGGGGCAUUCUGGAACAGUUAACUGUGUCAGUUGGCAUCCUAUGAAUCCUCACAUACUGGCUUCUGCGAGUGAUGACUGUACAAUCCGAAUAUGGGGUCUCGAUAAGCCAAAGUGCAAAGGUACCACUCAGUCCAAUGGAAAAGUUCAUCAUCAACCUAAUGGAAGAACAUGAAAUAUUUCUUUACAAGUUGUUUAGUUUCUCUCAUUCAAAAUCUCUACCUGUCAUCUCAUUUGUACAAAAAGUAAAUUUCUUGUUGGUUUCUCUAAUUGACAUUUAUAAUGAGCAAAAAGCACAUUGAUGAUCAAGUAUAUGGCCUCCUGUAUUGCGUAGAACAAUUUUAAUCAUUCACCGCGUUGCUAGUACUAAUUUUUCGAUGUC